AUGGACGAUGGCUUGGACGUUUUGAAUAACAAACCCACAGAAACAAUAGAAAACGCAAGCAAAAAUACUGGAUGUAACAUAUACGCGAACGAAGGGUUGCAUGUGGUGCUAGACCGGAUUUGCACGUUAUGCCAUGAGAUGUACAGCGACACUAAUCCCAACAUGAGGUCACAGUGCCGGUAAGUAAAACAACAUAAGUGGUUGUUUUAUGACGUUUCUCUUCUAAUUCAUGAUACUGUAACAAGAAAGUGAGACUAUAGUUUUUGUAACUUUAUUUUUGGCCAAGAUAAUGCGAUUAGAACGUCACUAUACGCGCGUUUGUAGAUGGAUCUAAUUCAGAAUUAUGGGAAUAAUGCGGUUAUAAUGGGUGAACUCCACUGUUUUGACAUCGCAAUAUCACCUGCUUUAUUUGAUUAUGCUUACCAAGCAAUCGAAUGUGGGCUGAAUAUGCAUGCGAAAUGGGGGUAUGAUGUUUACCGAGGUAUAUUAGGAGCGCAUACGUAUAAUAUAACGAGGAAUUAGAUGUAGAGAAAACGAUUCAUGCUCGAUUUAAGGCCGCAUAAGUUCAAUUUUAAAUAAUUCAUAGCCUCAAACUGUUUACAAUAUCAUUAACUCACGUUGCUUAUAUCGGUUUGCGAAUAACGUCUUUGUCUUUCAGAACAAAUUGCUUUCGAAAUGAACAGUUCAAGAAGUGCUUACUGGUGUUCAGGCCAGCACGAUCAUUACAUCGGCGAGAUGUGCUCAGGCAAAACUGGUAA